AUGCGCACCCCGAUGAACAGAAUCUCUCAAUUCACCCCGUCAGCUACAAUUACCCCUUCCACCUUUCUCACCUCAAGAUCUUUCUCCUCGACUCUCCUCUCCACGCCCACUCGCCUCCAAUCAAUGCAGACCGUUUCCUCCCGUUUGCCCUCGACAUCGGCCCUCACAAUCCCAUCUAUUCCCUCACUGCUGCCUCAGCAGAACCGUUCUUUCUCGGCUACUGCAUCCCUGGGGGUCAAGCGCUCUACAUUUCGCCCCUCGCGCCGAGUCCAGAAGCGGCGUCAUGGUUUCCUAUCCCGCAACACCGCCAGGAAAGGACGGUUGACAGUUAUCCGCCGGCGGCUGAAGGGUCGGAAGGCUGUGAGCUGGUGA